AAUUGCCUCUGUUUCAUUUGUAGUCUUUAACUUGGAGAAUUUAAUGAUUCAGUCACUACAACAAUGCUUAUUAUGCAAAAAUUGGAGGAAUUAGCACAAAAGAGAUGAAUUUUCUUGAGGUGAAUUUUCUGUUUGCUUUGGGAUUCGAAUUGAAUGUUGCACCCAACACCUUCCACACCUACUGUUCCUACCUGCAAAGAGAGAUGAUGCUGCAACCUCCAGUCAUUCCAGACUCCUCUCUAACCGUUGGAAGUUCAUCAGAGCUUCACUUGUGUUUCAAUGAAGAUGAUUCCUCCCAUCAAAACCAACAACAACAACUAACAGUUUAACCUGUAAAUGUAAUGUUAGAUACAGAGAUGCACCAUACCCACUCGUUGCUGUCUUUCUUUUGGAGUAGGUUUCCCUUAUCUGGAUUGAAAUUGUUUAGGUGUGUACUGUGUACAGAUAGGAGACUUCACUUUACAGUCUGAAAUUGUCUUUCUGAAUUUGAUGCUCUUUUGUUUCCUGUUUUGGGUCUUAUCCAUGUUAGCAUGAGUGACACUGAAAAGUGCAGAGUAUAGGCGGAUAUCAAGGAGAUGAAUAAGGAAAUCAAUCAAUCAGCAUUAAUCUCUACAUAUUUGAUAUUUUGCUGUUCAUACCAGUAAAUGCAUUCCUUGUAU